AAGCGCGGGAGCUGGGUUGUUUUGGUUUCCUGUCCGUCUCCUCUCCUUCUGCUCUGAGCCACGUGGUCAUGGACGAAACUCAACACUCUGGUCCUGCACAAAGGGCGUCCACCCAGAAAAGAGAGGACUACCUGGAGUGGCCAGAGUACUUCAUGGCUGUAGCCUUCCUGUCAGCUCAGAGAAGCAAAGAUCCAAGCUCACAAGUGGGCGCAUGCAUAGUGAAUCAGGAGAAUAAAAUAGUUGGCAUUGGUUACAAUGGGAUGCCCAACGGCUGUGAUGACGACCUGUUACCCUGGUCUCGCUCCGCUGACGACCGGCUGGACACUAAAUAUCCUUACGUGUGUCAUGCAGAACUGAAUGCCAUCAUGAACAAGAACAGUGCUGAUGUGAAAGGAUGCAUGAUGUAUGUGGCCUUGUUCCCCUGCAAUGAGUGUGCCAAGCUAAUCAUCCAAGCAGGUCUCAAGGAGGUGAUCUAUCUUUCUGACAAGUACCAUGACACUCCUGAGAUGACGGCGUCCAGACGGCUGCUCAGCAUGGCAGGAAUACAGUACAGGCAGUUCAAGCCCAAGAGGACUAAGAUUGUUAUUGACUUUAACUCUAUUAACCACGCUGGAAUGCUGAAUGAUGCAACCAAGUGAAAAUGCAACUUGAGAGGCGACUGAGGCGCCGAGGAAAGGAAGAAUUGCAAGAUUGAAACUGACUCUCAAACUCAUUUUCUUUCAAUUUAUUGCUGUGUUAUCAAGUCUUUUUUUUCUUUCUUUAACAACAUCCUGUGGAUUUAGGGAUGUAUCUGUGGAAACUGGUUGCAUGAUUAUUUUAAAAUGUUAUAUUUUUAAUCACAUUUUCAGAAUUCCCUCACUAUAAAAACCAGUUUCCUAAAUUGCCGAUGUGUAGCGGUUUGCACAGCGGCCCCAACAAUCAGGGAUGUUUUUAUUCACAGACUGAGGGUGUUUGUGAACACCAGGGUUACUGGCUUUGGCUUCAUGUAGUCCACGGGCCAGAGCCCAACAUUUCACUGGUCAGUACCACUCAAGGUGACCAAAGUUGCUUCUAAUUUUUAUAAUUAUUCUUUUUAUAAUUUUUUUAUCAUCUACAGACAUGGAUAUUUUCAAAAAUUAUAAGUAAGUUUGGUCACCUUGAGUGGUGCUGAUAUCUGGCCUGGAACAUGGACUAAUAGUUACAGAGAAGCUUUCUGAUGGGUAACAAGUACGAUGUCUGCUCACUCUGGACCAACAGUGUGUUCAAAAGUCUUCACUCAAAUAAAUAACCUGUAAAUAUUAGUUUGACUUUGGGAUCAGUGAGCUGUAAUUUCCAGCCAAAGAUCUGACAUUCAUCAGAGAGUGAACAUUUGGGUUUGGUAUGACAUUUUAAAAAGCAGUUAGCUGUCGGAGUUUUAGGUGCCUUUAAUCAGGUGGGGGAUAUCUAUGUGUUAUCUUUUUGUAUGCUUGGAAAAAAAUGUGCAGUAAAAGUUUUCUGCAUCAUGUCUUGGUCUUACGGUGAUUUAAUACGAACUAAGAUCAUUUGACUUUUUCUCUUCUGCACAAGUGUCUGCUCCGUUCAGCCCGUUAAUCCCUGGAGCAGCUUCUAUUUCCUGCAUGAGGGCCCGUUUUUACAACCUGAUCAUUUCAUUUUAAGAGGUAUAAAUAUUAAUGCUUACUACAGGUAUUGUUAACAAUAUUUUUACAAUACGCUUCAUCCAUGUUCACCAUUUAAAUUUCUGUCUUUUACUGAUUUGGAUCUAGUCUUUAUUGUUGUUUUCCUGACAUUUUAAUGAAUGCAGUUCACAAAAUAUUUCGAUUGCAAUGAUAUGAGGGGUUAAAAAUUAAGGUUUUGCUUAUUAUGUACAGGACUGUCUCAGAAAAUUAGAAUAUUGUGAUAAAGUUCUUUAUUUUCUGUAAUGCAAUUUAAAAAAAAAAAAAAAAUAUCAUACAUUCUGGAUUCAUUACAAAUCAACUGAAAUAUU